AUGAAAAAGCAUACCCUGUCUGGCGACACACUCGUCAUAGCAGUUCACAAUGCAGGGGGGCAAAAAGAAAAAAACAGUGACUCGAAUAGUUCACGGGAGGAAAUGGGAACAUCAGGCAAACGAAGGCACCCACUAAGAGUUGAGAUCUACGAUGAAGAUUUUGAAACAUUUUGUUUAAGAAUGACAGUUGCCAAGCCAACGGCCGCCAGUGCAAGACGAUCGAAGCUAUGGUCACGUGAGCGACAGACAUGGGAAGACGAUUUUCGACGUUCAACUGAAUUUCUGUCAUCAAGACCUUAUUUAAGAUAUGAAUAUCCAGAACUAAAAAAACACUACCCGGGAACAAGACGUGUUGCUACUCCCGAGGAAAUGACUGGAAUCGUUGAAAGACUUACUAAACCAUGUCCAACAGCAAGAUCCAUAGUUCGAUCACAAUCAGCGCCAGUUGUAUCCAGAAGAUCAAGGUUAUUACAAAGGGAACAAAUGCACGCUUAAAUCGUUGAUUCAGAAAAAUAUUUUUAACUUUCCUAGAAUGGUAAGUGGUCAGCCCAGAGUGACAACCACUUCGAGUAAACUGUAUUUCGAGUUGUCACUCAAAGAUAAACGUACCAAAUUUACUUAUUCGUGUAUUUUUAAGGAAUUGUUAACUUGUGUUGUGAAAUGCAUAUGUAAUGCAUUUAAGUCUGCAUAUGAUUUUACUACUUCGAUAAAAUAUAUUUUCACUAGAUUCAUUUGUGAAUAUACACGCCCUUUUGUAUAUAUAUAACUUAUUAAACCUUUGCAUCAUUAUCUUGGGAGAGGUGCAUAUACGACUAAAAGACAAAGUUUAGUUGCAUCAUCAUAUAUUAAUUUUGUGUAUGUAAAGAAAUCAAUAUCUAUAUC